AUGGCACUCGUGAUGGAGCCAGUAAGCAAGUGGAGCUCAUCUCAAGUAGUCGACUGGAUGAAAGGUUUGGAUGAUUGCCUGCAGCAGUACAUAAAGAACUUUGAGAGAGAGAAUGUGGGGGGAGACCAACUGCUGCGGAUCACCCAUCAGGAGCUGGAGGAUCUGGGAGUGUCUCGGAUCGGACACCAGGAGCUCAUCCUAGAGGCUGUGGAUCUGCUGUGUGCCCUGAACUAUGGCCUGGAGACUGAGAACCUAAAGACUCUUUCUCAUAAGCUAAAUGCAUCAGCAAAGAAUCUACAGAACUUCAUUUCAGGAAGACGCCGCAGUGGACACUACGAUGGAAGAACCACUCGAAAACUGCCCAAUGACUUCCUCACCUCCGUGGUGGACCUCAUUGCCGCAGCCAAGAGCCUCCUGGCCUGGCUCGACAGGUGCUCUUUCUUUUUCAGAUCUCCGUUUGCAGCAGUGGCUGAUUACUCCGUCACUAGGAAUAAUGUCAUCCAGUUGUGUCUUGAACUGACUACAAUUGUACAACAGGACUGCUCCGUCUAUGAGACUGAGAACAAAAUCCUUAAUGUGUGUAAAACACUGUCUGAAGUCUGCGACCACAUCAUCUCGCUUUCAUCUGAUCCCAUGGUGUCGCAGGCAGCCCAUUUAGAGGUGGUGCAGCUUGCCAACAUCAAAUCCACUGAAGGACUGGGCAUGUACAUAAAGUCAACAUAUGAUGGGCUGCAUGUGAUCACGGGCACAACAGAAGGGUCCUUGGCUGACCGCUGUAAGAAGAUCCAUGCUGGAGAUGAAGUCAUUCAGGUCAAUCAUCAGACAGUGGUUGGCUGGCAGCUGAAGAAUCUUGUAAACAUGUUGCGUGGGGAUCCAGCCGGUGUGACGCUAACACUAAAGAAGCGUCCGCAGAGCACGCUCACCUCCACUCCUGCUUUGCUGAAAAACAUGAGAUGGAAACCACUGGCUCUGCAACCCCUCUUUCCACAGAGUCCGAGCAGCAGUGUGGUUACGCCCACGAGCACUUUGAGCACCCCGUCAAGGCGAGGAAGCUGCGCCCUUCAAGACCUCUACAUUCCCCCUCCACCUAGCGAGCCGUACACGCCCAGGGAGGAAAAGGAGAACUUGUCUGGAGAGGACACUCAGUCUGACAAUAAUGUGGCGAAAGGCUCAGAGUCUCCAAACUCGUAUUUGGACGAAGAGUGUCGCCAGCGUUUUCCUCAGGUGGAAGAAGAUGCCAUUUUGUACUGCUAUGAGUACGACCAGAACCAGGGGUCUAUGUGCAGAGCCAGCACUCCCACAUAUGGUAGACUGAGGCCGAUCUCCAUGCCUCUGGAUUAUAACUGGGUUGGGGACGGUGAGGACCUGGCCAAGUUGAAGAGAGAGAGCCGCAGAGAGAACUCCCUGCUGCAUUUCGCCGGUGAAGAGAAAGGCCCUGGGGAGGAGUUCCUUUUGAGCCGCAGCUUGAGUCAGAGCCGCAGAAAAGACAGAGGGACCAGUCCCACUCAGUACACCCUGGUUCCUGCCCUGGAAGUGUCACGGUCCACCUCCAGCUCCGACUCGGCCUCUCUCUACCACGUGUUUGAUCGCUCCUCAAUAUUGUCUCGCUCCAAGAAGAAGAGUAAAGGGGGAAGUCCUAUGCCGUCUGUCAGUAAGCGCCGCAUCUCCUGCCGGGAUCUAGGACAAGGUGACUGCGAGGGGUGGCUGUGGAAGAAGAAGGACGCCAAAACCUACUUUUCACAGAAAUGGAAGAAAUACUGGUUCAUUCUAAAAGGCACUUGCUUGUAUUGGUACAUCAAUGAAGAGGAUGAGAAAGCAGAGGGUUUUGUCAGCCUCCCAGAAUUCAAGAUCGAAAGGGCCACUGAAUGCAGACGGAAAUUUGCUUUCAAGGCUUGCCAUCCGAAGAUAAAGACUUUCUAUUUUGCUGCGGAUGAUGUGGAUGACAUGUCCCGGUGGCUUAGCCGGCUCAGUAUGGCAGUAGCGGGAUUCUCGGACCAGGAGAAAAACCGGCAGGACCAGGAUUACUGGAGUGAAAGUGACCAUGAUGAUGUAGAGUUACCUCCAAUGCCCAAACAGGACAGUCCACCUCCACCUUACGACACUUUUCCCAGAGCCGCCUCAGUGAGUCCGUACUUGGAGCCAAAGCGCGGGCAUCUCUCUUCUUCAGAUACGUUUCAGUCGCGCUCGUCUCAUGAAGAUUAUCCUUCUGAAGCGCAGGAUGGAGGCUACUCCCCUGGUCAGAAGAGCGGCACUGGACACAGAAACUCAUGGCAAGACCCCACUGGGAGCGCUGCCAGGAUCACGUACUUGCAGACCUUCCCAGCAGAAGACUCCAUGUUGGUUGAGGACCGGGACCAGCGUUCAGGGUACCGAAGUCGCUCCACGCUGCCCAAUCAGAGGAGCCUACUCCAGGAGCCGUACCGAGCACUGCCUCUGCCCCUCAGGACCAGUAUGGACUCUGACAUGGGCGGAAAACCUCGCAGCUUCACACUUCCCCGAGACAGCGGCCUACACGCCAUCUUAGCUGCUGCGGCUGCUGCCACCACGCCCGAACAGCCAGAAGUACAGAGUUACCACCUGGAGCGCCCCCGUGAAAUAGGGCGGCCCCGGGAGAGCCGCAUGCACUCGGACUCUUUGGGGGACCUGUACCGGGCUCUGGAGCAGUCUGGCCUGUCCACCUCAGCGGACCACAGGUCUGCAGGGCGGCUGGAGUACAAGCGCUCGUUUGUCCGCAGAGUUAAUGACCCACUGCUCAAUGACAAACUGCACCGUCUGCGGGUCCUGCACAGUGCACUCAAGAAUGUCCCUGUUCAAGACACAAACCGGUCCAUGGGCUUUCUAGGCUAA